AUGGCGCCGAUUCUUUCGUGGCCGUUAACGAUGCUGGUCUUCUCGAACGAGUUUCCUCUUAUCGGUGUUUAUGCAGUGCAUGCGGUCGUCACUCUACUGCUAUCGAUAUUAUUUGCGAUCUUUCAUCGUGACCGUCCUCAGCACCAUCCAUGGGUGAACGGAUUAGAAUUGAAUCGUAUCGUAGCAGGAAAAGUGCAGCCGAUUGUGAUGGUAGCAGCUGGUCUGACCAACAGGUGGUCAUGCUGUUCGUCUACGGCUCAUGUACGAGUAUGGAAUAGCAUUAGCGCUGGUCUUACAGCUCUACUCUUCAUCGCUCUCCCGAUCGUGUUCCAUCUUCAAGAACCGUCAGCGUGA